AUGUGGAAGAGCAGCCGCGAUGCGGCACACGCAGAGGGCGUCCUGGCGCGCACCAGCAGGCCAGGACCUCCUGCGCUUGUGCGCACGCUGCGCUCGCCAGAACUGCAGUGGGAGCCGCUCGUCGCCGAUGACAAACGGCGGGCGUUUGCCUACGUGCUGCGCCGUGAGCGGCACUCCGGGCUGGACGCCGCUACUGUCGACGAUUGGUUCGCCGCGCUUCACCCGGAUGCUUGCGGGGCAGAGGCGUGGACAGACGCUCAGUCGCGAGGUAAGCCUUUGCUGCGCCGCACUGCGUGGGUCACAUUCUUGCCCGAAUGCUCUUGCGAGUAUGGGUACGCCGACACCUGGCAGCUGCGCGCGACGGACGAUGCCUUUGUGAGGACGUUGGAAGGCAUCCGCACCACGGUGGCGGAGAUUGUGGGCCUGCCCGCCGACUCCCUCAACUGCGUCAACCUCAACUACUACCCGUGCGGCGGUGGGGUUGGCUUUCACGCGGACGACGAGUUCCUGUUCGACGGGAUGGAGCGCGAGGCGACGAUCGUGUCGCUCUCGCUGUGCGCGCCCGGCGGCGGAGAGCGCCUCUUUCAGGUGCGGCGGAGGGACGGCGGCGCGGCGCACGAGACGGUGCUGCGGCACGGCGACCUGAUGACGAUGGAAGGGCUCUUUCAGCUCUUCUGGCUGCACUCGGUCUACCCGGGCGACCGCUGCGACGUGACGGACGAUCCGCUGGUGCUCGGCGAGCGCAUCAACCUCACCUUUCGCCGCAUCGUCCAGCACCUGGACGGGUCCACGGAGUGUCGCGGACAGGUCUGCGCGCUCGCGUGCAACAACCGCAAAACGUCCGUGAUAUGA